ACAGAAUUACAGACUUCCUGUUUUUUUGGCCAGAGUGACAUCAGUGUAGUGAAGGAUGUUUUGAAAGUACCGUCUACAACUUUGUUUUCAUUCAUUUUUAUGACCUUGCCAACACACUGCUGACUUGGGCAAAGCUGACUGACUGCAGCUACAGUUGCUCAACCGUUUGGACACAGACAUGUGAAAAUCCCUGCCAUGUAGAACACCCGCCUAGCAGCUGUGUGACUUGGAAGUUAGGAAUGUUUAAAUGGUUCUGUGAACUAGGGUCUUAAGAAAAUAACACUUACAGACUGCCACAUCAUGUGAGAUACUCAUUUUUUUUACCAUGGAGCUAUUUGGCACAGACCACACAAGACAGAAUCCCAGGAAAAAGGAGUCUGGAUGGGAUCCUUGGGAGGCCACCAAAGCAGAGCCAGCUUCAUAGCCAGAUCAGGUUGUGUUAUCAUCCAGGGAGGCUCGAAAAAUAUCCAAGGAUGGAGAUUAUGCAAUUUCUCUGUGCAACCUGUGCUGCUGCUUCACCACUACUCCAGAUCAUGCCAUCCCGAAAUGCUAUCUACAAGAUUACUAUGCGUACUCUUUUACUGCUGGCUACUCAACUAGAGGUAGGAAUGUAAGGCAGAAGGGAGUCUGGGGAUUUGAAUUCUUUUCAAUUUUAUUCCUGAAUUCAAUAAUCUCUGGUUGUUUUUUGCUUGUUUUGUUUUUUUUUUCCUACAUUUACCAUAUGCAUUUUCCCCAGAUAUCUUUUUGGAUGCCUAAAAUAUAAAUGAAACAAUGCAAAAUAUACAGGUCUCUUCAGGGUGUUUCAAGACUCAACAAUUUUAUUUUUUUUUCCCUGAUGCUUACCAAUUAUUAUUCAUGUAGUAAAGACCUGAAAAAUGUCUCAAGGAAAAGUGGAGAUGACAUCUCGACAUUUUAGUAUGUAGUCAGAAAGUAUAAUUUAACUUUUGUUUCCUACUAUAAUUGUUGUGGCCAAGAUUUGAUACAAAUUCUGCAACGGCCAUGGGAAAGACAGGAUACUCUAUCAAAUUUUGGAGAAUGCUGUUUGGCGAAUGGCGUUAAAAAGGCCAAAGUUCGUUGAUACCUUAUUUGAAAUACUCUUGAAAUGAUUUCUCAGGACAGAAAUGUCACUCACCAUCCCUAAACAACACCUCAUCCCAAAUCCUCUUUGCUGUCCUUUAAAGACAGAUCGGGCGGCUCUCGGCGCGGGCAGGAGCGGCGAUCCCGGCGCGGGUGGCGGCUCUGCCGGGGCGCGGAAGCGCCGGAGCCGCGGGGCGCCUUUAUGCCAGGCCCCGCCCCCCCGCGCGCGCUGCCGCCCCUCGCCGCGCGCCGGGCCAAUGGGAGCGCGCGCCUGGGGAAGGCGGGAGAAUGCGAACCCCUGGCAGCGCCGCCGGCCGCGCCUUAUAAGGGCAGGGCCUCGCGCAUGCGCGCUCCGGGCAGGGGCGGGGGCGCCGAACGGGGGUUUUGCUCCGGCGGCGGCACCGCGGGAAGGGGCGCGCGACCCGCGGGACCCCGCGGAGGGGCGGUCGCAGCCGCCCGGCCCGGCGAGCGCUCGCUGCCCCGGGGCGCGGCCGCCCGAGGGCAACGGGGCGGCGGCAGGAGGAGGAGGAGGAGGAGAAGAAGACGACGGAGAAGGGAGCGGGGAAGCCGCAAGGACCCCGCGCCCGGUGCGGGCGGCGCGGCGGCGGCGGAUGUGCUGCUGGCGCGGGGGGAUGAUGCUGGCGGGGCCACAGCUGGUGGCGGGGCCGGCGGCGCCGGGCGGGGAGCGGGCCCGGCUGCUCUCGCUCUACGUGCAGGACUACCUGGAGUGCGUGGAGUCUCUGCCGCUGGACAUCCAGCGCAACGCCUCGCUGCUGCGGGAGAUGGACACGCAGUGCCAAGAAGCGUUAAAAGAAAUAGAUGAUGUCUAUGAAAAAUACAAGUCAGAAAACGAUCCUGUUCAGAAGAAACGUUUGCAGCAGCAUCUUCAGCGGGCAUUAAUCAACAGUCAAGAACUUGGAGAUGAAAAAAUUCAAAUAGUUACUCAGAUGCUAGAACUGGUAGAGAACAGAGCCCGCCAAAUGGAAACACACUCUCAGUGUUUCCAAGAUCUGUCUGAGAACGAAAAGCCUCUGGAAAAGGCCAAGGUGGAGUCCUGCCAGCCAGAGAGAUCCUCCCGCAGACCUCGUCGCCAGCGAACCAGCGAAAGCCGCGACCUGUGCCACAUAGCAAACGGUAUUGAUGACUGCGAUGACCAGCCACCUAAAGAGAAACGAUCCAAAUCUUCCAAGAAGAAAAAACGCUCCAAAGCCAAACAGGAGAGAGAGGUUUCACCCGUAGAAUUUGCAAUUGAUCCCAAUGAACCAACUUACUGCUUAUGCAACCAAGUGUCUUACGGCGAAAUGAUAGGAUGUGACAAUGAACAGUGCCCUAUUGAGUGGUUCCACUUUUCCUGUGUUGGACUCACGUACAAACCAAAGGGGAAAUGGUAUUGCCCCAAGUGCAGAGGAGACAAUGAGAAAACAAUGGACAAAUGUACUGACAAAUCAAAAAAAGAUAGGAGAUCGAGGUAGUGAAAACAAUUUAUGUUUUAAAGAGUUACUCCUUUUAUAUUAAAAUGUUUCAUUUCCACAGGACAUUGUUUUAGGAAAUGCAUAAGACUAUGCAAUAAUUUUUAAUCUAUAAUAUUAAUAUUAAAAACUGUUAUACCUUCUGUGAUCUUUAACUUUCUGCACUGAAUAACCAAAUAAUUGAAACAGGGUGGCUUCAGACCUUUCACAGAAGACAUUACAAGCAGAUGGCGCUUGGUUUCAAUUUACCCCGUUAGUAUUUUAAAGAACCUUGUGAAUCCUGAAAUAAUGGUGGUGGGAAAGAUACUGAAGAACUUCUCAUGUUAUGUUAAAGGGGUUGAAAGGCCUCAUAUCUCUGCUAGGAUCUUAACAACUGAGUUUGUUCCUUAUCCCAAGUUUUACAUUUUCAGUUUUUGUGUUAACAUCACGCGUUUGGAGUUAGGGGUUUUGAAUUCAGCUGUAACUGUAAAAGUCUUCCGAGCUAUAAGCAGACCUCUCCAGUGACUUUCAUAUGAUCAGUAUGUUAUUGCAAGGAAGAAAAUACCACUAACUUAAACUUUUCUUUUUUGCCAACAUUAAACUCUUGUCUUUGUGACUA